GUGAAGAGAACUACGUCAUGUUUUACUUUCAGCUCUGAAGUGCAACAACAGCGACCAGCAGCAGGUUUCAUCACAGUCCAAAGGCAGGAUGAAUUUGGAAGAGUACUUCAAAAAAAUUGGUUUCCACGGCUCCUAUGAUAAACCAGAUCUGGCAACACUGAAGGUGAUCCACAAGCUGCACAUCAUGGCGAUCCCAUUUGAGAACCUCAGCAUUCACUGUGGUGAGAAGAUCACCAUGGACCUUGAGGUGAUCUUCAAUAAGGUGGUGAGGAGCAGCCGUGGAGGUUGGUGCCUUGAGAACAACUAUCUGUUCAACUGGGUGCUGAGAGAAAUGGGCUAUGAGACGACGAUGCUGGGCUCCAGAGUUUUCAACAGAGUCAUCAAUGAGUUUUUGCCCCUCCACUCUCAUCUCAUCAACAAGGUCGUCAUCGAUGGGAAGGCUUAUACAACGGAUGUGAGUUUUGGGUUGUCCUUCCAAAUUUGGGAGCCCCUGGAGCUCAUCUCUGGGAAAGACCAACCACAGGCAGCGGGUGUCUUUCGUCUCCUAGACAAAGGAGACGUCUGGGUGCUGGAAAAGACUGCUAGAAAACCACUGGUUGUCAAUCCAGAAUUUGCCAAAUCAAGUCUGGUGAACAGGAAGGACACAAAGCAGAUCUACUGCUUCACACUGCAGCCUCGCCAGGCUGAACAUUUCUUUGAUAACAGCCAAAAACUCCAAACAGAUCCUGCGUCACUGUUCACUAAUAAGUCCAUCUGCUCUUUGCAAACAGCCACAGGAUUCAAGGCUCUGAUUGGCUGGACCUACAGUGAGGUCACCUACAAACCUGAGGAAGGUGUUGACGUCUUAGACAUGAGGGACGUAACAGAUGAUGAGAUAGAACUAAUUCUGAGGGACAAGUUCAAUAUAAAGCUGCAGAACAAACUAAAGCCUGUGUGCAACAAAUCGUUUUACACACUCUGAAAAAAACCUCACACACACACCAUGAUUUUGGGUUGAAGCUUGUCUUAAGAGACCAUAUCUAUGAACAACUCAGAAAAAAACUUAAGAUCCAGGUUGUCUACUCACCUGUAUAAUAUUGUGACACUUAGAUAUUAGAUGCAUUAACUUUUUCAUGCAUAUUAGGCACAUUUAAUGUAUUUGUGCAUUUUUAUUUGUGCCAGUAGGUUUGUUUAUCAAGUGAUCACUUCAUUCCUCACGAUAAGGGAGAAGGGAGCCUCUCUACCUCCACAAAGGCAAUUCUUAGUACAGAUCAACAUGUGUUAGACACGAGAACCUAAACGAUGAUGUUCAUCUGACUACAUACUUUGUGUGGAAAGCUUCUGCUUAAGUCUUAUGAUGAACUUUAACUGUCUUGACCUCAAGUACUGGACAUUUUGAGCAGACGAAUGUAAUUGUAAUUGUCUCCGGCACAGUUAAUGCCCAUACUUCCAAAAAAAAAUCUGGGAUCCAUGUCUGAAAGCAGACUGCAAAAGUCAUGUUUGAUGCCAUCCUCAGCUGGAACAGGCAUGAUGACCAACUUGUCCAGUCUUGUGUUCUGCAGCUCAGGAGACUAAAAUCAGAGUUCACAUUAACUACAGCACCAAAGACAGAGAGCCUGUUAUUCCCAUUAUCCCUUUUCUUUGUUGGCAUCCACUGGAUUUUAGAAUGGAUUUUAAGAUAUUUCUAACUUUUAUGGCUGGAUUCACACUCAACUUCACUCCAGCUCUUUAAAAAUAACUGGAGGUCUUCAGCUAAGACUCUGGUAGCUUUUCCACAAUGUUGGCUGCAGACAAAUUUCCUUGAAGAGAUCAGACUGGUAAAGUUAUUAUCCUCUUUUAAUUCACUUUAAAAACCUGUUUUUCUAAAUGUACAUUGGUAGGGUUUGGAUUGAAAUGAUUAGGUAACAUCUUAAAAACUAUUUGCUAUUACAGCCUUCUUUUAAAUAUUUAAAAGUUUGCUGAAAAUUUCAGGUAUUUUGUAUUGCUUUGCUUUUUUCACUCCGACUUCAUAUGCAGUUUCUUCUCAACUAUUACAUUUUUUUUGUUUUGUUUUU